AUGACUACUUCCAGGCAUGAACUAGCACAGCUAGUUUCUGUUGUUGGUUCUUGUGCCCUGUCAGAAUUGCCCUUAGCUUGCCAUUAUUCAACAAUGUCAGACGACGAUAAUGAUGACCUUAAUUCCAAAGUUGCCGUUCUUCUAAUUGGGGUUGGAGCUGCAGCUAUUGUGGCAACAAUUUACCACUGCCUCGUCAUGACUUGGUGCUGCCGAUACCGGGCCAGGCCUAACCCACAAGAGCCACAACUCCAUGUGAACGAAAGUACAAUUCUCGAGAAUUCUACAGCCCAAGUCAUCCCAUCCUAUGAGUACCGAAAGGAUACAGGCUUGACAGGUGAUAAUGGAACUUGCGCAAUUUGCUUGGGUGAUUUUGAAGAAGGAGAGCAACUACGUGAAUUGCCGGAAUGCUUGCACUCUUACCAUGUGGCAUGCAUCGAUAUGUGGCUCUACUCACACUCCAGUUGUCCCAUGUGUCGCACCGAUGCCAAGCAUUCUCAGCAAGUUUUCUUGAAUGCAAGGGAUUUAGAUUCUGAGAGAUCAUCAGAGCCAUACCGAGGUGUAGGUGUAUUACGAGGCAUUGUUGUGCAUCCUCGUGCCAUGUAAACUGUGUGACUACGCAAGCUUGUCUUAUUUUCUCUAGGAUUUUUAGCUUCGAAGAGUGUAGAGAAGUGACAUGUGAUUAUUUUUCAAAUGAAAAUGACUUGAGAUUGCUGUA